AUGGAAGGCACACAGCGUUACUGGGAGCCUGUUACGCACAACAAUCGCAAGGCCAAGCGUCGCCAACGUGUACGGCAAGCCUGCGGGCGCUGUCGCAUGAAGAAAAUAAAGUGUGACAAUGAGAUGCCGCAGCUUCCCAAAGGAUACACUGAAGCACUUGAAGAUUCGCAGCUCGUCCUCACUGCUACCGUGCACAAGCUUUACUCCUUGGUUCGCAGAGGCAGGCAAUGGACUUUGGAGGAGCCUAAGCUUAACAGCCACGAUCAGCCUAUCGCACACGACAUUGCUCAAUUGUUAGGCUGCAUGCGACGCAACGACGAAAUUGAUCAGCUUGCGCCGCAGCAGAAUAGCGCUCCCGAUUACAGCGCUGAUAAUUCGUCCUCGUCAAAGUUCGACUAUUCUCCAACUUCAACGGACUAUAAAGAGGCAGCGUAG